AUGGAGAUGCAGGAAACAUCAGAGCCAGGUUUUCCUGUUGCAAGAGUUGUUAGAACCCCAGCGUCGAGAGGAAAGACUGUAACCAAAGUGAAAAAAGAACCUGCUGAUCCUAAAGAGAAGAAUAAAUCAGGCACAAAGUCAAAAGCUGAUUUAAAAGACAAAAACGAAGAAAGCCAGAUAAUCAAUAUAAGCGAUGUUUCACGCCCACUACAGUCUAGACGAGUACAGAUCCCUUCCCUGCAAGACGAAGACGACUCAGCGAUUGAAUCUAUGAAGAAACGCUUAGAAAAGCUGGUGGAACAUGCAAAAAAUCCACCUGCUGAGAAGGAAAAAAGGGGACGCAGCCUUGCACCGACCCAGGUUUCACCCUACCUUGGUAACUCAGUGGUGAGACGCAUCAUGGACCCAGCAGGUCCCCCUCCUGGGAGGUAUGAUCCUUUUGAAGCGGUGGACAGUCGAAUACUGGAUAAUCUAACCCGCUACGUAGCUUUUGAAGCGGAAAAACAGUUGGAGUGUCCAUAUGCAAGAGGAGAAUUUUACCUGACACUAAUGACCCCUAAAGAAAGCUGGCCUAGAAAGGAGUAUGGGUGGUUGCAUGAUCAGAGUUGGUUAUUCAGUGAUGGUUAUUUGGACGUUGCCAACGGUCACUACGACCAUUACUUGCCUACACACAAGAAAUGGGGGACAGAUGUUGAUUUCGUGUAUAUCGCCCACAACGUGAACAACGAACAUUGGGUAGCCGUUGAGGUCGACAUUCCCAAAAAAAAGAUCCGAGUGUUUGAUUGCAUUCCAGAUUUAUACAGAAAAGGCGAGGUGGAGGAGUCUGUCAAGCCCUACGCAAGGAUGAUUCCGCUGUUGUUGAAACAUAUGGCACCACCGGAGCUCAAGAAGGGUAUGAAGGAGGGGCAGUUUCAUAUCUACAUGUAUAAAACAGCGGCACUGAACAGACAGACAGGUGAUUGUGGCGUCUUUACUUUGAAGACCAUCGAGUGUUUGGCUUUGUGCCAUAAAUGGGACCAGCUGAAAGAUAGCAACAUGCCUCUCAUUCGUAUGAAAUACGCAGCUGAGAUUUUUGAUGAGGUUCGGGUUAGACAUCUACUGGUGGUGAAGCCCUUGGAGGAAAUAUAUCCUGUCUGGGAAGGUGAACCCCGACGUGUAGACGUCGAUAUAAAGGUGCAUAACAUGAUAUGCGAUAUUCUGGAUGGAAGCUUGGAUGAGGGGUUCUGGGAAUCUCCCAAAAACGUAGGUGGCGAUGCAACAGGUGGCGCUUCAACAGUUCAGACGCCGAAACAGUCGAAGACGAAGUUGGAAACUCCACGCGUGGAGAAGAAAAAGAAAGAGAAGGUGAAAGAGGCUGAAGCAACGGAUUCAACUCCGAGAAGCAAAAGGAGAAGGGAAAGAGAGGCAAGGAAAGAAGAGAAGGAGAAAAAGAAACGUAAGAAGGAGGAUGAGGAAGAAGAUGAUGAUUUUAACUCGCCGAUGUUGUGCCUAAAACCUCUGCACGAUGCUGAUCAAUCUCUUGCACAGGUAAGAGUUUAG